AUGGCGUUCCCUGGCUUGGGCUUGCAAUGUCUGUCCGCGUCUACUGUUACCCAAACUAUCACACAGACGGAGUACCAGAGCGGCUUAAUGUCCAUAUCCACUACCACACUCAUUCAGCCCCGCACUGUUACCGUCAGCUACGUCCAUACAUCAACUGCAACCUCUACUACCACGAUUCACCUCCUCCCGGCCACUCAGACCCUUACGUUCUCCGCUACUCCUCUCACUGUUACUAUUCCUCCCCAAUCCCUGCAAUCCGCAUCCCAGGGUCAGCAGUAUGCCUUGACAGUAACCCUUCCCGGCGAGCCACGCAUCGUAACUUUGCUGGCAGAGGCAUUUCCUGCCGAAACGCUAACGCGGACGAUUACCAUGGGCGCGGCACAGGGCACGGAUGCCGGGAGCCCUGCCGCAGCCACUGGGAGUCUUGCUUCUUCAUCGGCGGGGGUGGAGAUGCCUGCUGUUGCAGAUUCACCAAAAGUCGUUACUGUUUACAACGCCCCGUCUGUGAUUAGCGUUCCUGGGUCCACAUUCCUCACUACAGUCACAAUGGCGUAUAGCACUGUGACGAGAACUAUUACGGCUGCUCCGUCUAUAGUUACCAUCUCGGCCGCGUCAAACGUUAUCACAGUCACUGGGUCUCCAUCCAUUAUCACAGUACCGGGAAAGAUGGAGGUGCGGACAGUGACGCUGCCGUAUACAACAAUCACGAGUACAGUUGUUAUGCCUGCUUCUACAAUAACUGUUCCUGGGUCUACAAUUUCCCCUUCUAUCGUUACAGUUCCCGGCUCUACGUCUUUAACCACGGUCACGCUACCUUCCACCACUAUAACGAGCACUGUUGAUGUUCCGGGUUCUGCGAUCACGGUUUCCGGGAUAGAGUCGCAAACGACAAGCACGGUCUCUUCUAGCAUUACAAAUACUAUCGAUACUUCUUCUCUGGCCUCUGUCUCCGCCUCUUUGUCAUCGACGGACAUCAGUGCGGAGACGACUGCUACUGCUUCAGAGACGUCGGCUGAUACUACGGAAAUCUCUAUUUCCUCGGAGUCUUUCGCCACUGCUACGGGGACUUCCCCCGUCACUACAUCUGCCGAAUCUUCCGGUACCACUAAAACUGCCACUUCUACAGAGUCAUUUACCACGCUCUCGACCGAUAGCUUGACAUCUGCGACAGAGGCUACUACAAUUUCCACUGAGACGUCUACAGCUGAGACUUUUACUACCGAGAGCUCUACCGCUGAGACUUCUACCGCUGAGGAUUCUACCGUUGAGUCCUCUGCCGUUGAGACUUCUACUGUCGAAACUUCUGCUGUCGAGACAACUGCCGCUGAGACCUCCGCUGCUGAGGCUUCCACUCCUACCGCGACCGAUGCAGCUACUUCGGCUGUUUCAACUUCAACUAUUUCGACAGAACCGACUGCCUCGCCUACAGCUGCCGCAACGUUCAGCCCUUGCGAGCCGCUCUAUACCGUGUCAUGCCCAAGUGACGAUGGAGCUUACACGCAAGCAGAAACUACGGGCGAUAUUUUCCAAGUUGCGUGUGGAGUUACCUUCACGGGUGUGUUAAGAAGCGAGGGCUUACCUUCUUUGGACUCAUGCAUUACGUACUGCACGUACUCUGGAUUCUGCGUUGCGACGACUUACCAGGAUGGUGUUUGUACAUACUACUCUAGCGCUACUGUGGGUGGGUACUCGAGCGGUGUUUCCGGUGCUUUUAUGGCUGGAGAUGUUUGCUAA